GAGAGAGAGGGGGAGGGGGAGGAGAGGAGGAAGAAGGCGAGUGUGCUGGCUUCCUUUUAGUAGUGAGACCUGACACUCCCACAAGGCUGCAGGCUUGGUGGAGGGGCCCAUCAUUGCCAUCCCCCCACUCCUCCUCCUUUUACUCUGCACCAACCAAGCCUGCACCUGCAAUGCAUGGCUCAACCCGCCACUCAGUCUGAGCACGACAAGAACCAAGACAUCACAGAGACAUGGAGGAAGAGCAGGGGUGAGCUGAGCUGACAGAAGGAGAGUGUGCUUGCUUUAUCUCUAAGUUGCAUCCCAGGAGAUGAGCAAUAAAUGAUCCACAACCUCACCUACCAAGCUUUCAGAAGUGAGAGAGAGAAGUAUAAUGGCGGUGGGGACGAGUUGCAGGGCGUGGGAGGGGUGAAACAUGACCCUGAAGCAGGAGUUGUUGGAGGAGGUCUACAACCCUGCUCCUCUGCAGCAGUCUGCCUUUGCCAGGCCUCUGGCGUCGCCUUCUUCUUCCUCUUCUUCGUUCCUCUUUGCCAGAGCAGGCGAGGCCAUGGGAUCUUCCCUGGUUCAGAAGCCCACCCCCAUCUCCGCCGCGCCGGCCGCCGAGGCAAUGAGGCCGGAAACGGAGCCCCGAUACCGGGAGUGCCUGCGGAACCACGCGGCCAGCGUCGGCGGCCAUGUGCUCGACGGGUGCUGCGAGUUCAUGCCGAGCGCCGGCGAGGCGCUCAAGUGCGCCGCCUGCGGCUGCCACCGGAGCUUCCACCGGAAGGAUCACGGCGAGAUGUGCGAGCUCCGGAACGGCGUCGCGCCGCCGCUCUUGCUUCCGCCGCCGCCGCUGCCUCCGGCGGCGACGCCCUACGGGCACCUGAGGCCGUUCGGAGCCUCCGGCGUGAUGGUGCGGGUCGGCAACAGCGGGAGCGCGGCCGCGGGGACGGAGUCGUCGAGCGAGGAGCUGGCGGCGCAGCGACCGUUCGUGGUUUCCAGGAAGAGGUUCCGGACUAAGUUUACCGCAGAGCAGAAGGAGAAGAUGCUGGCUUUCGCGGAGAAGGUAGGGUGGCGGAUGCAGCGGCAAGACGAGGGGACACUGGAGCACUUCUGCGGCGAGGUCGGGGUGAGCCGGCACGUGUUCAAGGUGUGGAUGCACAAUAACAAGAGCUCGUUGAAGAAGCCAAACCACGAGCAGCAGCAGCAGCAGCAGGAGCAGCAACAGCUGCUGGAAGACGACGAAGAGGAAGACGAACAGCAGCACCACCAGGUCCACCACCACCGCCACGAAAUGCCAGCCAAUUGAGGAUUCUACUUUUGUUUUUUUUUUCAAUUACUUUUAAUUUACUCGUGUUGUAGCGGUAAUUUCUUAGCUCUGGUACUACGCGUAGCUUGAUGACACAAUGCUGAGGCUUAACGUUCUUUAUUCACA